AUGUGUUUUUCAUUGUCACCGGGUAGAUGUCGUGGUGUUGCCAUGGAGCCUCUGGGGGUCAAAUGUUGACAUCACUUUUUUUUUUUUUCUUCUUCUUCCUCUCAUCACUUUUCUAGCUACUAAAAGUAAACAAAUGGAUGCUGCAGCACUCUGCUGUAAAAACAUGAAAAAUGUGACUAAACAGCGGGAAUUACAGCGACGAAAAUGCCCGGACAGAAGAAAAAAUACAAGGUGCGGUUCCCUCCGGGUCGCAUCAAAAAAAUCAUGCAGAAGGACACAGAAGUUGGGAGGAUAGCGACGGCAGUUCCGGUGAUCAUCGAGCUGCGGAUUCCUCAGCUGGAACAAACAGCCCGGGCUUUGGAGAUGUUCCUGAAGUCUUUGCUGACCAAAACCUGUUUGAUUACGCAGGCGAAGUUCAACAACAUCGUGUCUGUGGCUCACAUGAAGCAGUGCAUAGAGUCAGAAAAAUUGUUUCAUUUUCUCAAAGACCUGGCAGAGGGAGCCACGUCUACAGCAACCCAGAAGGACAACCGAGGCAUGAGUAUUUGGCCUCCCUUACACGGGAACAAAAAGAGCAACAUCGCCGCUAAAAACCCAUCUGGAGCAGGAGAGGCUGUUCCCCAAUGGAGCCACGGCCCACACGAAACCGACUCAGGCUCAAGUGAGUCGGAGCUCUACAUUUGCUUGUAACGUGGACUUCCCAGCAGCACAUCAUUCCUGUUCACAUGUCAUUAGGCUUUGCAGUGACUCCGCAAAAAAAAAAACCCCAACAACCUAGACAAAAACACUAUGUUCACUACUGGGACACAAUAGCCUACAUAAAUAUGACUGUUUUUGGACAGUAAGAGGGAAGAAAAGGGAUUUACGCAGCAGUUUGAAUCUGUACCAACAUGCAAAGCUUUGGUAAAGAACAGAACGUCCAUGCAGGACGGAUUUCUGCUGCAGUUUUUCUUUUUUUUUGUUCUUGUCCAUAGAUUUGAAUACUUAACAGCCUGCACUAUUAAAUGCAAGUUUUCUGUUAGGUUUUUCUUUCAUUUUUAGCUUGUCUGCAGAUUUGAGGUUAGCGUCAUGAACUGUUUAACCCCUGUAGCCCGCAAAGGAUUGAUUUUUCAUUUUGUUUUGCCGUCUUUGUUGAUUACAAGUGCUUAUUUUUUAAUAGCAGCCAUCGUGGUUUCUAUUUUUAAAGCACUUGUAAAUAUAUCUACAUAUAUAUAUAUAUGUUGUUUUUUUUUAAUGAAAUGUGUAAAUAACUCAAGGCAGGAGGUAAAUAAAACUAAGCAAGAGCUUACAGCAGUUUGUUUAUUCCAAGAAACUAUUUCUUUAAACACGGCACUGGGCUGAAGUGAAGAAUAAAUAGAGGAAUUCUGUUCUUAGAGCAUUUUUUACUGCAUAUUUACAUUUUUGAAGCCAUAUAUGGUCCAACAUACGCAGCUGUUACCGGCUUUUUUUUUGUGGAAAAAAACAACAACAAAAAAACAAAAAGCUGACGCUGACAAACAUUAGUUUUAAUGUUCCAGCUUCAAGUCUCACUGAUGCUGGUCCUGUAAUGUACAUGAACACAAUCUCACCGGAUGAGGCUGUAAUACACACCGUCUGAGCGCACACCCCGCACCCCCCACAACAUUUUUUAAAUGAGACAUGCAUCUUAGUUCAAAUCAACUUUACUACAAUGACUCAAGAU